UAUAGGAUCAGUAUAAUUUAUAAUAAUAAAUAUAUAAAAUGAUUAUAUUUGCAAUUACAUCAGUGAUUAGAAACAUAACAAAUGCUAUUGUGUCAAAAUUGAGUAGGGGUAAAUAUACAGCGUGCAAUAUGACACUUGUUAAACAAUCUUUAACUGUCAACAAUUUGGUGAUAUAUUCUAUCAUAGCGAGUGUUAUUAUUACUACUUCUAAAUAUUUGUGGAAAAAAUAUAAAAGAUUCUCCGAAUUAGAUAAAUCUAUUGAUGUAAAAGAAAAUCUUCCUGAAUUGAAUCAUUCGCUGAAUAAUGAAUUUAUAAUGGAAACAUUAUUUUUCACGGAAGAAUCAGAUUUAUGUCGAAUGCAUCUAGGUAUUAAGGAUCAUUGUGAGAGAUUAAACUGUUCUGUGGCCAGUUUAAAUAAGCUAAAAUAUUAUUUGGAAUCUGCUAAAAAGACUAUACAUGUAUGUAUGUAUUUAAUUACUUUGGAUGUAUUGGCCAAUGCUAUUAUAACAGCACAUGAACGUGGAAUUGUGAUUAAAAUUAUAUCUGAUAAUUUUGUGAACAGGUCAGACUUUAGUCAACUUAUAGCAUUCCGUAAAGCAUGUAUUAAGGUUAGAACUAGACAAUCUACUAGUCUUAUGCAUCAUAAAUUUGUCAUUAUCGAUAAUAAUAUUCUUAUAACUGGAAGCGCUAAUUGGACUAUGCAAGCAUUAUUUGGAAAUGCAGAGAAUAUUAUAGUAACCAAUCAUCCCAUAUUGGUUGAAAAGUUUGUUAAUGAAUUUGACAAUCUGUGGAAAAUAUUUAAUCUGCCAGUAACAAAUUUGUAAUAAUUGAGAAGUGUAAAAGAAUGACGAUUGAAAGUUGAAGAAAACGUAAUAAUAACAACGAUACCUAAUAGUAUUAUGAUUAAAUUUAGUUUGCUUUAACGAAGGAAAAUACGAAUUUUUUUAAUUUUAUUAUAAAUAGUACUUGCAUUUUGAUUUGAUUUUUUUUUUAUUGU